GUGUUUUUCUGUUUAGGUACACGGUGCGCGGGUGUGUGCCCACGACAUCGUUGUCUUGUUAAAUACCUAUACGAUACUAGUUGGUUAGUUAUUGGUCGAAAAGUGAAAAGUGGAGGUGAGCGCCCGAUGAGCGGCGGGACAGAGUAUCUGUGAGUGAUAAGUGUAGGAAACGCGACGGUAGAGCGCUUCGGCCCAAAUGACCAUGCUCCAGUCGCAAAAUCUUUACGGGGAGCCGAGCAGCGCUGGCAUGGGCGGUAUGGGCGGCAUGGCGCCCACCUACAGCUCGAUCAACUCGAUGUCCUGCGUGGGGAUGUCGAUGAACCCCCAGAGCCCGGGUGGCAUAUCCAUGAACGUGUACGGGGGCUCGGUGCCGGGGAUGCCGGGCAUGUCGUGCAUGAGCGGGCUCUCGGGUUACGGGCCCCUAGCGGCCGUGGCGCCCGGCGCCGGUGGGGUCGGGAGCCUCGGCUCGGUUCCCGCUUCGGCCGUGCCGGGUCGCGGGGGUGCCGAUCCACUGGCCGAGCCCGACUCGCCCAACUCGCUGCAGCGCGCCCGCCAGGACAAGAGCUAUCGGCGCUCCUACACUCAUGCCAAGCCUCCGUACUCUUACAUAUCGCUGAUAACUAUGGCCAUCCAGAACGCGCCCUCCAAGAUGCUCACGCUCUCCGAGAUCUACCAGUUCAUAAUGGACCUGUUUCCAUUUUACCGUCAGAACCAGCAGCGGUGGCAAAAUUCGAUACGGCACUCGCUCAGCUUCAACGACUGCUUCGUGAAGGUGCCGCGGACCCCGGACAAGCCGGGCAAGGGCUCCUUCUGGACCCUGCAUCCCGAGAGCGGCAACAUGUUCGAGAACGGCUGCUACCUCCGCCGGCAGAAGCGCUUCAAGGACGAGAAGAAGGAGAUCAACCGGCAGAGCAUCAAGCACCAGCAGACGACCCACCAGUCCCACCAAACCCAGCAGCAGCACCACCACCAUCAAGGACACGUGAGUCCCGACCAGCACAAAAAGUCCCAAUCCGCGCCCCAUCAGCACCACGUCGGUGGCGUGCACUCGCCCGCCGACAAGAACCUCCACUCGCACCUCGUCUCGGCGCAGCACCACCAGCACCAACAGCAACAACAGCACCAGCAGCAACAACAACACCAUCACCAACAGCAACACCACCACCAACAGCCUGGGCAGCAGCAGCAGCAGCAGCAGCAGCAACAGCAACACUCGCAGCACCAGCAGCACACGGACAUAGGUGGCCUACUGCCCGAGCUUGCCACGCACGACGAGCUCGCCGCCAUGGUCAACCGGGGCCUCCACCCCCACCUACUCGCCGACCCGACGGCCCUCCACGGGCUCAAGCAGGAGCCGAGCUCUUACGCCCCGGCCAACAACCCCUUCAGCAUAACGAGGCUCCUGCCCGGGGUUGCCUCGACCGCCGCCGCGGCAGCCUCCCCCGGGGCCCAAGUGCCGCCCGACAGCAAGCCCCCCGAGCUCAAGCAGAUGUACGAGCUGCACCACCAGGGCUACGUGAACGCGGCCGCGGCCGCAGCCGCCGCCAGUUACCAGCAGCACGCCAACGGCAUGCACCACCAGAUGUCGAGCACCGGGGGCGGUGGUGGUGGUGGUAUCGGUCAGCCCUCGGACUAUUACCAGAGCCCGCUGUACCACCCGGUGGCGGGUUCGGGUCCAGUAGGCCCUGGCUCCUCCGGGGGCCCCGGCUUGUGA